UUUUUUUUUUUUUUUUUUUUUUUUUCAGAGGACAUUACACUUUUCAGUUAAAUAAAUGAAAAUAAGCACAGAGUAUUGCAGUGAAUAAUCAUUUUGAUUCAAGAUGUACUGUAGCCUUUUGUUCUCAUUUAAUGGAAUGACUGCAAAUGACCACAAUUACCAAAGCAGAAGAAACGUCUUUUGAGAAUAGUUUUAUCUUUGUUGUGAUGUCAAACAAAUAUUGUAUCAUUGCGUAAAUAAAAAAUAAAAUAUGUAAUAAAAUAACAUAAAUAAAUACAGUGGGUCUCAAACUUGUUUAUGAAGUCAAUGAGCAAUAAGCUUACUUACACCAGACUAAUGCAAGAAUGUGAAGAUUUUUACAAGCACGUCCAGCAUAUUCAUAGUAUAGUCAAAGACAUAACAUUGUUCAUUAGAGUAAACUAUAGAAAUGUCCAGGCAGAAAAAGUCAGUUUAAUGUAGUGAAAUGAACUUUAAUUCUGUCAGAAUUAAAAUGCAGAACUUGCUUUUACCUGUAGAUGGCAGAAAAUACUUCAUAUUUGUGUCUCCAAUCUACAAAAGGGCGGUCUGUAGGCAGGGUUGCCAAGUCUUGAGGUUUUCUUGCAUAAUUGAGCUUUUACUCCGCGGUUUAAAGGCAAAGACUAUUAUUGACAUAUUGCAUAAAUUAUAUUUGACUGAUAUUUUAUAUUCUACCAAUGAUAACACUUAACUAGAUGUUAAGUUUUCAUUGUGCAUAACAGUGACUGUAAAAUAUGUAUUUUAGGUAUGGGAAUGGCACGUGAGUUUUAAUAUUUGAGAUAAGGUCAUUGUGCUAUUUUUUGAUUGGCCAUUGGGCUAGUUUUGUUACGCAGACUUGGCAACCCUGACCGUAGAGCCGCGCGCCGCCUAGAGGAAGAAGCGCUCGGUGAAUCUUUUUUGUUGCUGCUGGUAACUUUUGCUGCUGUCUCAGUUCCUCAGCUCACUGUUUUCACACUGUUUCUUUUGCAUAUCAUCGUAUGUUUGGACUGCUCACGGAAACUUAAUGGAGUUUGAUCACAGUCUAUCAUAAAUGAAGACUUCAGUGAAUGACACUAAGGAAUAUACUCUGAAAGGGAAUGAAAAUGGCAGUUGAUUUGUUAUUGAUGAGGGGAAUCAACAGGUUCAGAAAAGUUACACUUGGAGGUCAAAAACGAGUCCUUUUUAACACACUUCACCUGAAAGAACAGGAGUGUGGCAGUUGCAGACACCAGAAUGCCUCCAGGUUUAGUGGCGUGGUGGGUGUUGUUGAAUGUGCCAGAGGUCGUGACAGGUAUUUGGGGAGAUCUGGACACAGGCUAUUUGGAGAGGCUAUUCGUCCAGCUCAACAGCACGUCUAUGGACAGAUCUGUUUAUUCCACCUAGAUCACAGAUAUUAUAGUGGACUGAAAAGAGAAGGUGUUGACACAACCAAAGAUGCCAAACCACCUGAUUCCAGAAAACAUAAGCAAAUGCUAAGCGAGAGUGCCAGAGAGAGAAAAGUGCCAGUCACGAGGCUGGGAAGGUUGGUAAACUUUGGAGGUUUAGCUUUUGGACUGGGCCUUGGAGCCAUUGCUGAAGUGGCAAAGAAGAGUCUUGCACCUGGAGAUAAAUCAGGACAGAAAAAAGCAAUUCUGGACUCAAACCCCUUCAUAUCAGAGGCCAAUGCUGAAAGGAUUGUUCGGACUCUCUGCAAAGUGAGAGGAGCCGCACUUAAACUGGGACAGAUGCUCAGCAUCCAGGACGAUGCUUUCAUCAACCCUCAGCUUGCAAAGAUCUUUGACCGUGUUCGACAGAGCGCUGACUUCAUGCCCACCAAGCAAAUGAUGAAAACGGUGGUCGGUGAUCUGGGCCCAAACUGGCAGGAUAAACUAGAGUACUUUGAGGAGCGUCCGUUUGCAGCUGCCUCUAUCGGUCAGGUUCACUUGGCCAGAAUGAAGGACGGCAGAGAGGUGGCCAUGAAAAUCCAGUAUCCAGGAGUGGCCAAAAGUAUAAACAGCGACGUCAACAACCUAAUGACAGUCCUCAGUAUCAGCAAUGCUUUACCUGAAGGUUUGUUUCCUGAGCAUCUCAUAGAGGUCAUGAGCAGGGAAUUGGCUUUGGAGUGUGAUUAUGUACGGGAAGCCAAAUGUGCCAAGAAAUUCCAGGAGUUACUGAAGGGCCAUCCUUAUUUCUACGUGCCAAAUGUUGUGGAUGAACUGAGCAGCCAGCAUGUCCUCACCACGGAGCUGGUGUCCGGUUUCCCUUUGGAUAAGGCUGAUGACCUGCCACAGGAACUCAAGAACGAGAUCUGUGAGCAAAUUCUGAUUCUGUGUUUGCGUGAACUCUUUGAGUUUCGAUACAUGCAGACGGAUCCGAACUGGUCAAAUUUCUUUUUUGACCCACAAACACACAAGGUUGCUCUGUUAGACUUUGGAGCCACUAGAGGUUUUGAUGCGAGCUUCACUGAUGUCUAUAUUGAGAUUAUCAAGGCUGCUGCAGACAGGAACAGAGAGGGAGUUUUAAGACGGUCGAUCGAUAUGAAAUUUCUGACUGGAUAUGAGUCAAAGGCAAUGGAGGAUGCCCAUGUGGAUGCGGUGAUGAUCCUUGGGGAAGCGUUUGCUUCAGACGAGCCGUUUGACUUUGGUUCCCAGAGCACAACAGAGCGGAUCCACAGUCUGAUUCCUGUGAUGCUGAAGGAGCGUCUGACUCCUCCGCCAGAGGAAACCUACUCACUGCACCGAAAGAUGGGUGGCUCCUUCCUCAUCUGCUCUCGCCUGAAGGCCAAGAUAAGCUGCAAAAACAUGUUCCAGGAGGCCUACGCUAAAUACUGGACAGAUCGGCAAAAGGAAACUGCAAAAUGAACCAUUGGGCAUAUCAAAGUGUGUGUCUGUGUGUGUGUACAAGACAAAAAUGGAUUUGAAAAGAAUUAAAUGCAUAAUGCUAGAAUGAUGAAUAUGCACUUUAUUUACAGCAGUAAAUGGGGGGUCUUUGGCUGUGGAUUAUACUUGAAUAAUAUAAUUUAAUACGUAUAUAUCUACGAACCAGGAGAAAACUGUUAAAAGUUAUUGUUUUGUGAUGUGUGGUUUGCAUUUCAAUCUUGAGUAAAAUAUACUUUUGAAGUUACAGAACCAAAUAUUACCUAAAUUGUCAAGAUGACAUCAGACAUAAAAAGCAUAUAUUUUUGUUUAUUUUGUGAUCCAAUUCACUGGAAAAUAUUAAAAAAUCUGUCAUUGUU